AAGAGAGAGGUAAGGGGGAGUGUGUAUGCAGCAGUAGGCAGCUCAGCUUCAAACCAAAGACUAAACAGGACACAGGCACACAGUGAAAGGCUUUGGAUGUGGAACAUCUCCUGCAGUAGCUGUGUGUCUAUGAGUGAAUGUAAUUUUUUCUCCUCCGGAAAAUGGUGGGACUGUCAUCCACUGCUGUUGAGGCCAUGGAGGUGUUGGUGAACGAGCUGGGAGUUCUGCUGAAGAUGCUGGACCAGGAAAACCUCAGCUCCUCCACCCAGGAGAAGAAGACAUCAGUGUGGAACCUCCUGCAGCAGCUACAGCCGUCAGUGCCGGGGACAGACUACAUCUACAUGAACUCAUCAGUUUACAGAAAUGGCACCAGCUUUGUCGAGUCCCUCUUUGAGACAUUUGACUGCGAGCUCGGAGACCUGAAGGAUGAUGUAGAUGAUAUCAAAGAAGAAAAGAACGACCAAACUGACACUUUAAAUCAGAGCUGUGCAGAUUCCCCGGCCCUGCACUCAGUGGACUCUCCUCCCCCUCUGCCCACCACACCGCCUCCUGAGGACUAUUACGAGGAAGCGGUACCGCUCAGUCCUGGCAAACUGCCAGAGUACAUCAUCACGCGAGUCAGGUCCAGUCCUCCCAACUCCAUAGAAGAUGGAUAUGAAGAUGCUGAAAAUAACUACCCCACUACCUGCAUAAAUUCACACCGUAAAAACUCUUACAAUGAUUCUGACGCUCUGAGCAGUUCAUACGAGUCUUACGAGGAGGAUGAGGAAGAGAGGAGCCCCGGCGUCCAACUCACUCAUCAGUGGCCGUCGGAUGAGAGCUCCAUGCCUCCUGCCAGAGACUGUCGCAUCUGUGCCUUCCUGCUGCGCAAGAAACGCUUCGGACAGUGGGCCAAACAGCUCACAGUCAUACGGGAGAACAGACUACAGUGCUAUAAGAGUUCCAAGGACACAUGCCCGUAUGUGGACCUGCUGCUGCCCCAGUGCACUGUGAUCUAUGCACCCAAAGACAGCAAGAGGAAACACCAUGAGCUCCGGUUCACGUUGCCUAAUGGCGAUGCGCUGGUGCUGGCGGUGCAAAGCAAGGAACAGGCCCACAGAUGGCUUGGAGUUGUUAGAGAGGUGUGCGGUCAGAGCACAGGCCCUGAGGAGUCUGCGUCUCCUGUCAGUCCAAGAAAAACUGAACUUGACAAGAGAUUAUCAGCAGAGAGGAACACAUCGGAUUCAGACAGCGUGGGUGUGUCAGCUGGAGAUAACUGCAGAGAGAACGGGAAGGUGAAACGAGGAGCUAUCGCUGCAGGCCGAAAAAUCACUCGCAUCAUCAGCUUCACCAAGAAGAAGCCCCCUCGACCUGGUGAUCCCCGGACAUCCUUCGUUGACCCUCGACAAGGCAACCUGUCGGUGCUGGUGAACCAGGUGUGGCGGGAACAGUGGUGUUGUGUGAGCAGAGGCUUCCUGUACUUCUACCUUGACAAGGGAGACACUCGAACCUCUCUGCCGUCACUUCCUCUCCUCAGCUGUGAGGUGGUGCCGGGGCUUGGACCCAAACACCCUUUUGCCUUUCGGAUCCUCCGCAACAACAAAGAGGUGGCUGCUAUGGAGGCUGCCAGCUCUGAUGAACUUGGACGGUGGCUGGGUGUCCUCUUGGCAGAAACAGGCUCGACCACAGACCCAGAGUCGCUGCAUUACGACUAUGUUGAUGUGGAAACCAUUGCUAAUAUCCGUAACGCUGCACGUAAUUCCUUCCUGUGGGCCACCUCCUCCUGCAGUGCCUCUACAGACUCCAGGACAUAUGAUGAGGUCUCUAAUGAGGACAUGCAGUCUGGGGAGAACCGCAGGCCGCAGUCUGGGAAUCAAGGGAAGCGGCGCUCAAGUUUCUCAAGCAACGACUCAGACAGAACUAAACCAUUAGUUUCCCUCAAGAGGACUGGCUCAAAUGCCAACCAGUAUGGAAGGUAUGGGAAAACACGAGCGGAGGAGGAUGCCAAGCGUUACCUUAAAGAAAAAGAGGAGCUGGAGAAGGAGAGAGAUGGGAUACGAAACACACUGGUGACCCUACGACAAGAGAAGCAAGAGCUGAAGGAAGAUUUAAAGACAGCCUCUGAUAAGAGGAAGUCCUCCAUGAACAAACGUGUGUCCCAUCUGGAGGAAGUGUGUCGAGCUAAGGAGGCAGAGAGGGUGGAUCUGGAGCUGCGACUCACAGAGGUCAAAGAAAACCUGAAGAAGAGUCAGGCAGGUGGAGCGCUGGGUGCACCAGUCGAGGCUAAACCACCUGUUAAGGCCUCCAGCAAAAAAAGGCAGAACAUCUACAGUGAUUCACUACCAGUAAAUUGUGCCUCAGAAAUACGUAGGAGACCUCCGUCCGUCUAUGCUUCUUCUACAGGAACCGUCAUGCAGAAGGCAAAGGAAUGGGAGUCAAAGAAAGGAACCUAAGAGAAGCAUCGUUAAAAGGACUGGUGUAUCAGGAUGGGACUUUUUUCAACCUGUUAUCCCACAAAGGACAACCUUCCUCCACAUAAAUUGACUGUAAUGAAAGAAUUCCGCCACUAGGUGGAGGUACAUCCCUCUGAAUAUUCUUGCCUUUCUUCCUCAGAGGACUUCACAUCUUCCGUAUACAAGUAUUUUCAUUGUCUGCGGAUCAAACUGAAACAAAGAGAAAUCUUGUGUUGAAGAAAGACUCAUGAAAAGUGUAUUGAAGAGCACAGCGCGAGUAUAGAAUGCAAUGUCACGGAGAAAAGGAGACGGAGGAUUGUGUUGGAAUCAGGGUUGCAUUAAGUGAGAUGUGAACAUGCCACAUGGGUAAGUUAGACUAAGACAUGUGAUGUGUUUGAAAAGAAGAGGACUAGAGGGCAGUUUCAGCCAUAUAAUGUGCCUGUUAUGUGACUUAACGUCUUUAUGUUCUGCCUGUAUAUACUUAGCCAUGACUACUGUUUUAUAUACUUUAUUCUUUUUCUAAUAUACGAUGUUUUACUUAUCAUCAUCAUGAUGAUUUACCCGAUAUGAGUUUUCAGCUGCAGUGCUGUGGAUCGAUAGCGCGUCAAUAUUUUUUGAUUGCACUCCGCUUCUCUGACAGUCGAAGCUGUUCAGUGAUCAUCUGCUCAAAUAUCUGGCUGAAACCAAACCCUACAGCUACUUGACCUCGCUAUAGAAAACUGAGUGACUAACAAAGCAGUGACACAAACCAUCAUUGAAAAUGAGAAAAUCUGCCCUCUAUCAUUUUAUCAACUUCUCCUUCUGAAUCUGUGAAUGUCUUUUUGCACUUUAUCGUUCUUCUACCUGGAUAAUAGAACAAAUGUCUUAUUUCCUCCACCAUACAUUACAAUAGAGAUUUCUUCAUUAAAAUUCAUAUACGCA